AUGAUUUUUGAACAUAAAUUAAAUUCAAAUUUAAAUAUUUUUUUGUUUGAAAUGACCAAGGAUAAUAUUGAAUAUUCUGAAAAGUAUUUUGAUGAUGAGUAUGAGUAUCGCCAAGUAAAAUUACCAAAAGAAAGAGGUCCUGAGCUAAAAGACAAAGGUCUUCUUACCUCUUUUGAUGUAGGCAUUUAUAUUUGAUAAAUAAAUAAUUAUUUAUUUAAAAUAUUCUUGAACAUAUAUAACUUAACUUUAUCUAAAAAUAUAAUUUUUUUAUAUAAAAAUAUCUCUAAAUUGAUAAAUUAGAAAGUUAGCGACGAAGAAUGGAGAAAACUUGGAAUUGCUCAAAGCAAAGGAUGGGUUCAUUAUGACUUAUACUCACCAGAACCUCAUAUUUUACUUUUUAGAAGACUAUUGGGUACUGAUCCUCGAACUGGCUUAGUUGAUCCAGCGCUUACUAUCCCAUCCAAUCUGCAUAUUACAAUUAUUAUAUUUCUUAAAAUAAAAAUCAUUUUAAUAAAGAUGCUUAAUAAAGAUGUCAAGAAUUAGGGAAAAUUUCAGGAGAGAAGCAGAGCAGAAAAGACGUGCUUUGCUGUUAAGUUGUAAAUAA